AUGAGAAAUGACAAUAUUGCCCUUCCUUCCUCUUGCACACUACCCUUUCCCGUGGUAUUCCUCAUCUCCUUUCCUCAUCUCCUCGCUCAUCUCGACCGUGGGGCUCCUUGUCGAGCCGCCCGCGGAGGUGCUGCAGCUCGGCAACUUCGGCGACGGCGGCCGCCUCAGCAUCGAUGCCUCCGGCCCCUCACGGAGCAGGGCCCCUUCCACCUCCUCAUCCACAAGCUCUACAGCGACGACUGGUGUGCCCAGCUCGAGGCCUUCGCCGCGCGCCACCCGACCGUGCCCGUCGUCGACCCGCCCCACGCCAUCGACCGCCUCCACAACCGCAUCUCCAUGCUCCAGGUCGUCUCCGACCUCGACCACGCCGCCGACAAGGACCGCACCUUCAGCAUCCCCAGCCAGGUCAUCGUCUACGACGCCGCCACGCUUGCUGACUCCGGCCUCCUCGCCGCGCUCCGCUUCCCGCUCAUCCCCAAGCCCCUCGUCGCCGACGGCACCGCCAAGUCCCACAAGAUGUCCCUCGUCUACCACCGCGAGGGCCUCGGCAAGCUCCGCCCGCCGCUCGUGCUCCAGGAGUUCGUCAACCACAAUGGCGCCAUCUUCAAGGUCUACGGCGGCGGUGGCCACGUCACCUGUGUCAAGCGCCGCAGCCUGCCCGAUGUGUCCCCCGAGGAUGACGCAUUCGCCGAGGGAUCCGUCUCCUUCUCCCAGGUCUCCAACCUCCCCAGGCGGAGAUCUUGCGCGGGCCUUGACGGCGGAGGAGAGGACCGGGGACGGAGGGGCCGCACUUAG